CGGGUCUGUCAAAUCCGGGGCGGGCCAUUCAAACAGCAAAAGGCGAGUGUGGCUUUCCUGAGUCAUCUCUGCACGUGUGUUCUCCCAUUUGUCUUGACCGCUAAGUAGCUGCGUUCCUGGAAACAGGAACUGGGUACCUAGUGCGCCUCGGGUGGUGGUGGAAGGGAAAGGUUAAGGCUGAAACUUCGGAGAAGGAGCGUCCUCUUUUGAAGUGACUUCGCAGCGUGCGGUUGGGGCCUGCGAGGUGCGCCGAGGGUCUGCGAGGUCCGCCCGCGCUUGCGCGGCUCCUGGUCUCUGGCACCACACGUGGGCGCAGCGCGCCACCCAGGCUGAGCUGGUGGGCGCGGGCUGCGAGCCCAGUCCUCCGCCCCGGCCCCGGGAUGCGCGCCCUCCGCGCUGUGCUUGGUCUGUUGCUCCUGGGGGCGCUCCGAGCCUUCCCGCAGAGGCGAGCCCCUGAGGAUGACUGUCUUGGAGACCUCAGCCGCUACUAUGACAAGGCUGCCAGGAAGUGCUGUUACCGCUGCCGUGAGGGGUAUUCCCCGAAGCAGCUGUGCCCAGAGGGGUCCCACCACUGCGAGAGGCAGUGUCUGCACGAUUAUUACUUGGACAGCAAUGACCGCUGCACAGCUUGUGUGAGCUGUUCUGGAGACCUUGUGGAGAAGAAGCCGUGCUCGAGGAACUCCUCCCGCGUCUGUGAGUGCCGGUCCGGCAUGUUCUGUGGCACGUCAGUGGUCAACUCCUGUGCCCGCUGCAUCCGCCACUCUGUCUGCCCAGAAGGGAUGGUUGUCAAGUUGCAGGGCACAGCGCAGAGGGACACCGUCUGUGAGCCGGGUCCCCCAGGGGCCAGGCCCAACUGCAGCGCCAGCCCACAGGACUGCAAGGGCCCCACCAGUGGCGCCAUCCCCCAGGCCAAGCCCACCCUGACCUCCCCAGCAAGCCCUGGUGCCAGGACCAUGCUUCUUGGAGGGGACAUCCCUCUCGCCCCAGAAGAUGCUUCUAAAAUGACUCCCAACUCCAGCUCCUUCGUGGUGAAGCUCAAUCCAGAUCCAGGGCUGACCCUGCAGCCCCCGUGCCCUCGGGGGUCUGCUGACUGCAGGAAGCAGUGUAACCACGACUACUACCUGGACAGGGACGGUCGCUGCAAGGCCUGUGUGACAUGUUCAGGAGAUGGCCUCGUGGAGAAGACACCUUGCACAUGGAACUCUUCCCGAGUCUGUGAGUGUCAACCUGGCAUGUUCUGCGCCACGCCAGUCACCAAUUCCUGUGCCCGCUGCGUCACCCGCCCCAACUGCCCACCAGGGAUGCUCACCAAGCUCCAAGGUAUGGCUGAGACAGCCACCACCUAUGAGCCAGUUCCACUAGGGAGCCCUCCUGACUGCAGCACCAGCCCAGAGGACCAUGAGGCGCCUGCCAGCCCCACCCCCUCCUUGGUCUCCCUGGCUGACUCCUUGACUGGUAAGGAGCAUGGAGGGGGUGUCACCCACGCCUGGGAGGACACCCCAGGCUCAACCAGUGCUCCCAUCUCCUUCUCCUCCACGGGAAAGCCGGCUCUGGUUUCAGGACCUGUGCUCUUCUGGGUGAUUCUGAUGCUGGUGGUGGUCAUCAGCUUCAGCUCCUUCGUCCUGUGCCACCGGAGGGCCUGCAGGAAGUGGAUUGGACAGAAGCUGCAUCUGUGCUACCCAGUCCAGACCUUCCGGCCCACGCUGGAGCCUGUGGAUUCCAAGCCGGGGAGGAACCCGAUACUGACCAAGAGUGUAUCAGUGGCAGACCCAGGCAAUGAGGAGCAGGGCUUACUGAGCCGCCCGGCCAUGGAGACCUGCCUGGAGAGCCUGCGGCUGCUGGAGGCCAGCCCAGUCAGCAGCCCCCCGUCCCCCACAGACCUACCUGAGCCCCGAGGGACCAUGGAGCAUACCAACAACAGGAUUGAGAACAUCUACAUCAUGAAAGCUGACACCGUGAUUGUGGGGACUGUGAAAGCCGAGGUGCCUGAGGGCCAAGGCCCAGUGGGGCCAGCCGGGCCUGAGCUCGAGGAGGAGCUGGAGACGGACUAUGCCUCCCACUACCCAGAGCAGGAGACGGAGCCACCGCUGGGCAGCUGUGGGGAUGUUAUGUUCUCGGUGGAGGAAGAAGGGAAGGAGGACCCCUUGCCCACGACUGUCUCUGAUAAAUGAGGGCUGGACUGGGGCUGAGAGGGCAGCUGGGUGCCUCUGGAAGGCCACGGUGGCCCUGGUGGCACCACACCGGUGGCAGAAGCCCGUCUGGCCUGAACUGAGGUUCCAGCAUCCAGUGGUGGACCCAGCCUGUCAAUAUGGGAGGUCCCGAUGUUCUAUACUUGUAUCCCCACUCAGCGCCUCCCAACCCGGACCUUGGGGAGCCCGGGCCUGUGCGGCAGAGACAGACAAGGGGCUAGAUCUGAAUGACCAGGAGGGCCUGGGCCCCUUGCCUUCUGCUGCUGCCAAGAAGAUGCCCAGAGUCCUGGGUGUCAAACACACACACCAAGCAGAGGCUGAGGCCACGAGGCGCAUCCCCCCAGACCCCACUUUCUCCAUCACCCUGGCCUCAGGAGUGAUGCCCUCCAGGCCUCACUACUGUGCGAGCCACCCCUAGUUACUGUGAGUGGCCCUUUGGGCAUGGAGCCAAUGCCUCUGUUUGUUUCUCCUGAAUCAGAAGGGAAGUCAAGAAAUGGGUUGUUGUCUGCCUGCCCCGUUUUGGCUGCAGCCACAGCGCUGCACUCUGUGCGGACGUGAGUCCCCAGUCUGGCCUCCAGCCCUGCCUGGGCCACUGGGGCCCUCCUGGUCUUGCCAGUCUGUCAGUGUUCUAUAGCCUGCUCCACAGUGGGCCCAGGGCCCAGCGCAUGUCACUGUUCCCGAAGCAAGAGGCCUCCGGGACCCAGCUACCUGAAGAUUCUCAGCAGCCAUGGUGCCCUUGCCCAGAUGGAGGCCCUGCCCACCAGCUGCUGCCUGGAGAAAGGCCUGCUCUGCUUCACCGAGGCGGCUUCCUUGCUAAAUGGAGAAGGGGAACUGUAGGCCCUUCUUGGGUUCUUGCCUGCUCUGUGGGCACCAUGUGCUCUGUCCUGGGUCACGAAGAUGCAUCCUUCCCAGAUCUGCUAGGUACACAGAUCCUGAUGGUCCCAGGCCCAGCCUCUGGCUCCAGCCGCUCAGCUCCCGUGAUAGAGACUGGGUGAUUGUGCUCAGUCGCGUCCGGGUCUUUGCGAUCCCAUGGACCCCACAAGGUGCGACCCCACCAGGCUCCUCUGUCUAUGGGAUUCUCCGGGCAAGACUACUGAAGUGGGUUGCCAUUUCCUCCUCCAGGGGAUCUUCCCCACCCAGGGACUGAACCUUCAUUUCCUACAGCUCUGGCCUUAGCAGGUGGAUUCUUUACCACUGAGCCACCUGAGAAGCCCAAAAGGCGAUUUGGGUGUUUGUGCUCCUAUGGAUGUCAAAAAGCUCCCUGGUCUCUCCCAUUCUGCUGGAAAACAAAGAACAUUUUGUUGUUCAAUCUGGACUUCAGGAGUUUUGCGUUUCACAGUAGAGAUCGAGUGGCCUGACUUGGGGCUGCGGUGUCCUGCUCUCCUUGGGGCUCUCAGACUCAAGUCAGCAAACAAGCAGCCUUGGAAAAGGAGUAUGGGCAGAUGCUAAGUCUGCCAUGGCCCCGGGACACACAGUCCAGGCAGCCUGGAGGCUGUUGGAAUUACCCGCUGGAAGGCAGGCCGGGGAAAGCUGCUGUUUACUCACCAGCCCACUCAGUCUCUGGAGGAAGUUGAGGCUGGGUCAGGCAUCACAAGGGUAGUUUCUGAAACCACUCAGAUGUUUUGGGGAAAGUUGGAGAGACGCUGGACGCUGUGAGAGACAGUUUACAUCAGAACCUGAUGUUUAUAUGGGCUGGACAACUGCCAAAAUGCCCUUUUCAAGGACAGUAUGGGUGCUCUGCAACCUCCUGCCACUAUCCCCACCCCCCAACCCCAAAGGGCUCUGCAGCCAUGACUUGAGGAUAUUGACAUAUGCUUCAUGGAAUGACAGGCUCCCUCGCUGGAGGGCCUGUCACAAAACUUUGAUCCUUUAAAAAUUCAUAAGUUCCCUUAGAAAGCAAUCACAAGGCUCAGGAAAUUCUCCCUGAGAUUUGAGUAUGUCUGAGCAGAAGGGUCUGAGCGAUCUCUCUCCAGUCAGGACAGGGGUUCCCCCUUUCUCUCUGCCCCCAGACACCUAGGCUGUCAGCCUCUGGGGAGAAGGAGCCCCCUGUCUGCUGAGACAGCCAUUCCCACUACUGGAGGUUUUUCCCUGUGGAUGGAGGCAGACUAUUCCUUGUGUAACACCCACUCCCUGGUUGGUCCAAGGCCCAGCCUUUGAGGAUACUCAGAAUAAAGCCCUCAGGUCCCAAGGUUCCCUUUGGGUAGGAGAGAUGCAUGGUUUCCCCACGAUCCUUCUUCCCUCUGGGCUGAACCCAGCAGCACUCCAGCUUGGGAAAGGGAGUAACUUAGUAGCAGCAUGAAUGCCCCAGCCUUGGGGAACCCAGAGAGGACCAGGAGUGAAUGUAAGCCUUGGGCUUAGAGUCAGAGCUAGGAAGGUCAGUCUGCCUCCCUGGUGUCAACAAAAAUUCAUCUAUCUAAGAAAGAAUUGGAAGACUUUAUUUGAGCCAAAUGUUAGGAUUAUAACCUGGAAAGAGCGUCUCAGAAAGCUCUGAGGACUAUUCCACCCAUCAGAAGUCAAGACACAGUUUAAGUUUUUUGAGACAGAGGGCUGUACAUUAAAUGACAUAUUAUUGACCGGUUUACAUCAUCCAGAUCUAAGUGCCAUCUUGGUGGGUCAUGUGACCCCUUAUAAGACCAAGAAGGAAUGCCGUGUUUUAAGGAAUUGUCUUGUUGAUGCUAUGAGUACGUGACUGGUUGAGCCGGUGUUCCUGCUGAUAGAAGUCUGGUUUGAUGCAUAAUACAGAUACACAGUGCAGUGGGAGGAGUUCAGUUCAGUUCAGUUCAGUUGCUCAGUUGUGUUCGACUCUUUGCGACCCCAUGAAUUGCAGCACGCCAGGCCUCCCUGUCCAUCACCAACUCCCGGAGUUCACUCAAAUUCAC